AUGGACUUCAAAGCCAUCAACCAUGAACCCAGCACCGUGACUGAUUCACCAUCGAUCAGCAACAUGAACUCGACAAUCAUCAGCUAUGAACCCAGCACCGUCUGUGAUUCAUCGACCACCCACGGCUACACUACUAUUCAUUGGUGCCACCUCGUAGAGGCCACCACGUCCGCCACUGAUCCAUCAUCGACCACCGUCGGCAUGAAUACUGAAAUUCAUUGGCGCCACCUCGCCACUGAUUCAUCAACGACCACCGUCAGCAGCACGACUACUGAAACCCUUACUACCACCGCCCCAGGGCCCACCGCAACCAGUACUAAUACAUUCUUCUGCUCAAUCAUAAUCCCGCAGAAGUCCGGCGCCGUCUGGGUUCCCGACCUCAUCUACUACACGGAGGAUUGGAGCGAGUGUGAACAGUACAUCACAGCAGGAAAAUACUUCUGCAACAUGAGCGACUCGUUCAAGAAGCGAUUCAACCACCGCUGCCCAGCAUCCCACAAGAAUGCGGCUCCUCGUCGACCAACCUCGGCUACUCGAGCUGCCGUUGUCGGCCUCCUCCUCCUCGGAGUCUUGUACAUCUGA